AUGGUUAAUAACGUUCAUCCGAGAGUGGCACGAGCAGAUGGGGCACGUGCGCAAACCAGCGCUGGCUCGCGGCUGACUUCUGACGUGCUUCCAUUCGACAUGAACGAAUUGUCCGUCUCUUACACCGAUCCGUCAAGAAUGCAAAUCUACUCGCAGCACCCGACGGAACUGUCUAUUCACGCUGUGUCCACUGCCGAGUUGUUAAAACCAAAAGAGGAACCGGUGUACAACCUGUCACCGUCUGCUUUAUGCACGGUCACCCUACCGCAUACUGGAGGUCUGUCCUACGAUAGUCGCAUGUGUCUCCAAGAGUCAAACACUCCAGACUCCUUCAAUCAGCCAGAGAUGAAGGAAGCUGAAGAUUUUUCUCGGGUCUAUCAGACCCUAACCCUCUCUGCGCUUUCCAGAGAAGAUUCUGCUAACCCACCUACAAGCAGCGAGAAUAAGCCCAAGCCAAAGCCUACCCCGGCAGCUAGUCCUGGCAGUUCACCUGAAAUGAACCCACAGUCUACUACACCAUCUUCACAGGCACUCACAAAACCGCCAUACUCUUACGUGGCUUUGAUUGCCAUGGCUAUCACCAAUAGCCAGAAUAAGCGCGCAACCCUAAGUGAAAUAUACGCUUACAUUACCAAAGAAUUUCCAUUCUUCGAGAAGAAUAAAAAGGGCUGGCAAAAUUCAAUCAGACACAAUCUGAGCCUGAACGAAUGCUUCAUUAAAGUACGCAGAGAGGGCGGAAGUGAAAGCAAGGGAAAUUAUUGGACACUUGAUCCGCAAUGCGGAGACAUGUUCGUGAACGGCAACUUCAGGCGGCGGCGUCGCAUGAAGAGACCAUUCAGGGCCGCUCCAUAUAAGACAAUGUUCGACGGCUACGUCGCCCACGGCGGUCAACACCCCCACAUGCCCAUCCAGCUCGGGCACAGGAACUACUUCGGUUCUAGUACACCUUACCCUCCGUCUUACCCGAGAUAUGAUGCAUGGCUGAGUCAGCCGACAGGCGGAUUGGGUUACCCUGCUCCGAUAGCUCGCAGUCCCCCUGGUUGCUCCCCCCAGGCAUCUAACGUGAACCCCUUUUCCUCCCACCAAAUCCAAGGACAGUUACAGAGCCCGUUGCAAUCCAUGCAACCGAUGACGAUGAAUUACAACACGCUCAAUGUUGCCGCCAUAGGUGAGUUUGAUGGCUCUUCUAGUCCUGGUUCUGGUUACGCCGCUGGUAGCUUUUCUCCAAAUCGUCAUCACGAUAUUGUCACUUCAUCUGAUGCUGUUUCUCGUUUUUCGUUUUGGCCCGAAGGUGGAUCGUCGAGUCCCAACUCUGGAUAUGUUCCAACUAACUUCUCCCCUCGCAGACAUGAUGCUGUCUCCUCCUCCGAUGCUGCUGGUCGCUACUCUUUCUGGCCUGACGUUGGUGUUAAAGAAGAAUCGUCAUCAAGCCUUGUGGCGAAUGGAGGUUAUACUAAGUAUUUCAUGUAA